GAACAGCGAACUCUCAGUAAAUAUGGCGGCGCAAAACAAAAGUCCACUCAACUUUAAAUUGGUGCUGCUGGGUGAAGGUGCUGUUGGAAAAUCAUCCCUGGUUCUCCGAUUCGUCCGUGGUCAAUUCUUUGAUUACCAGGAGUCCACCAUUGGAGCUGCUUUUCUCACCCAGACAGUUGCUUUGAAUGACACUACCGUGAAAUUUGAAAUCUGGGAUACAGCGGGGCAGGAGCGAUAUCACAGUCUGGCUCCCAUGUACUAUCGAGGCGCGGCGGCAGCGAUAGUAGUGUACGAUAUCACCAGCACUGAUUCCUUCGCGCGAGCUAAAAGUUGGGUGAGAGAGUUGCAACGUCAGGGAAAUCCAAACAUCGUCAUCGCCCUGGCUGGAAAUAAGUCGGAUCUUGCUUCAAAGCGAAAAGUGGAGCCCGAUGAAGCCCGGCAGUACGCGGAGGAGAACAAUAUUAUGUUCAUGGAAACUUCAGCCAAGACUGCCUCAAAUGUCAACGAACUUUUUGUCCAGAUCGCUCGUAAGCUCCCGAAGCAGCAACAGCAAGACAAGCCAAGUGGAUCAGCCAACAUCAAGGUCAACGAGCCCAAGCAAGAUGCGAAAGCCAACAACUGCAGUGGCAGCUGUUAAGCAUGUCCGCUGCAUGCCAGGAGUAUGGAUUCCAGUCAAGAUACUUUCUCGGUCGUACAGGGGCUACCUUCAACCCUGAAAAACCUUUUUCAUGCAGAUCUUGUUGGAUUGGUUUCUGGGUUCUCUGGUCUGGGAUUCGAUUUUUCUUCCUGUUUUUGAUCAGUUGUUCGGCGUUUGAUGUCAAGUGUUCACGUUGUGUUCGAUCAUUCAAUCGUUAAGAGGACUGAGCAAGGGGCGGGGAUGCGAUAAUUGGAAUCUUGGCACCAGAUUGUGGCAAACAGUAAGAUGAUGUGUGGAGUGUGGUGUACAUCAUAAAGUACAAGUAAUC